UUUCCCUCAUAACUUCUCAGUCAGUUUACUGCGUACUUGCAUUACCGCUGUUCGAGCAUUCGUGUUUCUUUGGAAAUAUCAAGCAUUUUUAUUUCAAUUUAAUUGGAACGUCGUUGGAAGACAUUUAUUGUUGAGUGAACAAUUUGAUACUUAAAGUCGCAAAUAUGGAGGUCGGUGACAUAUUUAAAAACAAUAAUACGCAAAACAUGUUUUCCCAAUUAGGUAAUUUUGUUGGCAAUGAAUUUAUUCCAUCAGAUGAUUGUUAUAUUAUAUUGAUACAUAUAUACGAACAAUUGAAUAAAAAAGAUCAAAACUCCAGACAUUUGCGACAGAUUAUUGGACUGUCUCAAAUAUUAAAAAGAGAUCUUUUACCUAUGCUGCUUGCAGUUAAUAAUAACAAAAUAUUGGGAAUUUUAAUAAAAAUACUUACUAGUAUAAUGUUACCAAUUGAAUAUUUGAUACCGGCUAAUUCUAUGACUAAUGAUGAACAUGGAUUUGCAACAAUGCUUAACCUAAAUUGGGCAUUGGCAACAAGCAAAGUAGCAUGUGCUAACAUAAAUACCAUUAAACGUAUAAUACAAAUUAUAAAAGAAAGUAGUAUGAAAUUGUCUAACGCAACAGGAGGUCCUAGACAUUUUAAUGUAAUUAUAUGUGAUUGUUUACGUUUUAUCAAACAUAUUCUUCACAUACCUAACGAUCAGAGUCAAAAUCGAAUAUUAUGGAUUCUAUUUUCCGAACAUUUUGAUGAGGUAAUUAUUGAUUUGAUUAAUACUUCUGGCCGAGAGCAAUGGGCAAUUCUAACUAUCGAAUUAAUUGCUUUGAUUUUUAAAAAUCAACACGUUGAUCACAUGUCAAAGUUAUUAAGUAAAACUAUAAUUAGCGAUAGUUCUGAAGGUAACGAAAGCAAUACAUCAUCACAUCCAAAAAACGGAACGAGUUGUUUACAAGAGAGCUCAGAUGGGUCGAAUUCAGAAGACAAUGACAUUGAUCGGCAUUUUAAAACAAGGUUUAAUGAUAAAAAGUUUAAAGCACAUUUAAUGGAUAAGCAAGGCAAAAAAUCUAACUUUCCGGAGCAACAUUCAAUUUCACGUUCAGUAAAUAAAGAGAAAAAUACUAAAUAUUUGUUAAAAGAGUCUUUACUACUUAACGAGAAUUGUGGACUAAAAAAGAAUAACAUAAAAGAUAUUAAGUCAAAAAAUGCACCUGUAAGACAUCAAUAUGAUGAUAAAAUUCAUAAAACAAUUACGAUUAACCCUAUUUCUAAAAGAAAAAUCAAAUUAAGAAUGAAAAAAUUUACAAAAAAAAAAUCGAAAACAAAGUUUAAUUUACCGAUUUCACCAAACAAAGUCCCAAUUGAGGUUUGCAUAACACAUUUUCUUCAGAAUUUUACUCUUCGUUUUAUGCGAAAUGGAUUUAAUACUUUAGUUGCUGAAGUUUAUAAUUUGCUGACAACUAAUUCGCAACUAAACAUAGAUACUUCGCCUUAUUUUUGGAUUUUAACAUAUUUUUGUAGAUUUUGCAAGUUGGGUGGAAUCGAAUUGAAAUCAAUCAGACGAAUUAUAUCUUUCAAAUUGAUUUCAUUUAGUGUUCACGAAGGUCUUAAAAUAUCAGAACAAUUAAUGAUAGCAAAACGGCAAAGAUCUCCUGAUAUUCAAUUACGAGUUAGACAUUUGCAUUUAGUGAUUAUGUCUAUUAAGGAAAUAGUUCAAGUUAUUAAAUUUUAUCUACUAUCUUCGGUCUCAUCUCCAAUUUAUUCAGAACUAAUAAAAGAUCUUAAAGGCAGCAACUCAUCCGAAUCAAUUAUUUGGGCAAAAGACCUCAUGUCAAUAUUCUUAUUGUGUAUUCGACAUUAUGAUAGCAACAUCCAACCUAUUGAAUACUUACAUGAUUUAAUUAUAACAAAUCAUAUUGUAUUAUCAUUAUUUGAUAAUCUUAAAGAUUUUUGGAAUUUAAAUUAUAGUAUUACCUCGCACAUCAAAAAAUUCGCGGCUCCCGAUAUAAUGUAUAAAUAUGGAAUAGUUUUACAAAACUACAAAGGAAAUAGCGAAUUGGUAAACGAUGCCGUUCUUACUAUGAUCCACCAUAUAAUCGAAGAGAUGGGAAAUUCCUCAGUUUUCUUUCCACCAAUUAUUUUCAAAACGUUUUUAAACCUUUAUGUCAAGAAAGAAUAUUUGAGUAAAAAGUGGUCUGAUUUAAUAGAAGACGUUAUACUAUAAUGGUUAAAGUAAAGCAGUUUCAACGUCUAUCAAAAACCAAAAUGAAAUAUUUAAAACUAUUUACAGAAACCCCAAUUACGUCUAAAUUUAGUUUAUAGUAUUACAA